AUGGACGCGGAGCUGGCGCCGGCGCCGCCGGGCUGCACGCACCUGAGCAGCUUCAAGGUGGACAACUGGAAGCAGAACCUGCGCGCCAUCUACCAGUGCUUCGUGUGGGGCGGCACGGCCGAGGCCCGCCGGCGCAAGGCCAAGUCCUGCGUCUGCCACGUCUGUGGGGUCCACCUGAGCAGGCUGCACUCCUGCCUCCACUGUGUCUUCUUCGGCUGUUUCACAAAGAAGCACAUUCACGAGCACGCCAAGUCCAAACGGCACAACCUGGCCAUAGAACUGAUGUAUGGAGGCAUCUAUUGCUUUUUGUGCCAGGACUACAUCUAUGACAAGGACAUGGAAACCAUCGCCAAGGAGGAGCAGCGGAAAGCUUGGAAACUGCAAGGUGUUGGAGAGAAAUUUUCAACAUGGGAACCAAGCAAGCGGGAGCUCGAGCUGCUGAAACACAACCCCAAACGGCGGAAGAUCACCUCCAACUGCACCAUAGGGCUGCGAGGGCUGAUCAACCUGGGCAACACGUGCUUCAUGAACUGCAUCGUGCAGGCGCUCACACACACACCGCUGCUGCGCGACUUCUUCCUCUCCGACCGGCACCGCUGUGAGAUGCAGAGCCCCAGCUCCUGCCUGGUGUGCGAGAUGUCCUCCCUCUUCCAGGAGUUCUACUCGGGCCACCGCUCCCCCCACAUCCCGUACAAGCUGCUGCACCUGGUGUGGACGCACGCCCGGCACCUGGCGGGGUACGAGCAGCAGGACGCGCACGAGUUCCUCAUAGCCGCCCUGGAUGUGCUGCACCGGCACUGCAAAGGUGAUGACAAUGGGAAGAAGGCCAGCAACCCCAACCACUGCAACUGCAUCAUAGACCAGAUCUUCACCGGGGGGCUGCAGUCGGACGUCACCUGCCAGGUCUGCCAUGGAGUCUCCACCACCAUAGACCCCUUCUGGGACAUCAGCUUAGAUCUGCCUGGCUCCUCCUCCCCAUUCUGGCCCCUGAGCCCCGGGAGUGAGGGCAGCGUGGUGAACGGGGAAAGCCACGCGUCAGGAACCACUACGCUGACGGACUGCUUGCGAAGAUUUACCAGACCAGAGCACUUGGGAAGCAGUGCCAAGAUCAAAUGUAGUGGUUGCCAUAGCUACCAGGAGUCAACUAAGCAGCUCACCAUGAAGAAGCUGCCAAUUGUAGCCUGUUUUCAUCUCAAACGAUUCGAACACUCAGCCAAACUGCGACGCAAGAUCACCACGUAUGUGUCCUUCCCCCUGGAGCUGGACAUGACCCCGUUCAUGGCCUCCAGCAAAGAGAGCAGGAUGAAUGGACAGUACCAGCAGCCGGCCGACAGCCUCAGUAACGAUAACAAGUACUCCCUGUUCGCGGUCGUUAACCACCAGGGGACCCUGGAGAGCGGCCACUACACCAGCUUCAUCCGGCAGCACAAGGACCAGUGGUUCAAGUGUGACGACGCCAUCAUCACCAAGGCCAGCAUCGAGGACGUGCUGGACAGCGAGGGGUACCUGCUGUUCUACCACAAACAGUUCCUGGAGUACGAAUAG